AGCAUCUUACUAUAUCUGAUGAUUUAAAUUUACUAGUAUUAUCCACGUGUCACUCCUAUUCGAAUGCUGUUACUACAAGACUUAAUCUCAAAUCAUAUUACGAUAUCGAUGAGGCUAGACGUAUUAUCAUCAUGGAUAAUGACCUUACUGAUCUUAACAUUGAAUGGAUUAAGACCUUUUGUAAGAAUAUACCUUUCUCUAUUAUUCAUAAUACUUAUCAGCUUCAGAAAGGCAAGAUGUUCCGCUUGGCUCCUAAUAAAGAAACAGAUGUACAAGGGAUAGUUCGUGCUCUUAAGACUGAUUUUUCAGAACUACGAAUCAAGGAAUAUCAUGGUAAAUCAGAUCUUAAGGAAAAGGCUCACGAUUUUAGCAAUGUAGAAGAAUCAUGGAAAGACUUAGACCUAAUUGCCUAUAUUAGCACUCUAAAAAUAGGAGUAUCAUGUACCAAUCCUAAGUUUGAGUGGGCAUUCUGUCUUUUUAAUAGCUUCAUAGAAACAAACGCUGGAAUGAAUCAGAUGUUAUUCCGUAUGCGAUGUAUUAAAGAUUAUAUAUGUCAUAUUGAGCAGAGAUCUUUUAAUAUUCCCAUUAUAGAAAAGGGAUUAUUUCAGUGGUUAUUAAAUGCUAAACGUGAAUGUCUUCCACGAGAACUUCAGAAUAGAGGAAUAUUUCCAGAUAUUGAUUCUAUUAUUCAGAAUAAGGAUGUACCAACCAUUCGAUUAUGGGUAGCAUUCAUGUUAGAGAAAUUUCGUUUUCAAAGAUUAUUUGGUUGGAGAAUGGUUGAUUUUCUCAAAGAGGCAGGUAUGAGAAUUUCCAUCAUAGAACCCAUUCCUAAGUCUGAAGAAAACGUUGUAUUAUUAUCUCAAGUCAUGAAGGCAAAUUCCUCUAUCGUUAAAGUAGAAGAGAUAUCAGAUGUAUCCAAUGCUACUAUUGUCGAUCAUGAAACUGCUGAAUUUCUAGAGAAUAAAUCAAGAAAAACUUUAGAAGAAAUGCGAUCUCUAGACUGGCACCAUAUUGUGGAAUGUUAUGAGAUUUCACCUAAAUUAUUGACUGAAAACUUCAUUUCAAAGUAUGGGGGUUAUAAUCAUAUGAGAUGGUUUAGAGCUUAUAGGCA